AUGCCAGAGGUCAUAAACCUCCUCUCCUCAACUCCCCCACCCCCCUCCCACCAACCGCGCCAACCCUCGCCCUCUUCCUCCCCAAUUUUCCCCUCAAACCCAAUACCAGACCGAAACCCCCCAAUCACCCUCCCAAUCCUCUCCUCCGACUUCGACUUCGACCAAUUCAACGACGAUGACCUCUCCACUCUCAACCCCCCGAAACGUCUCCGCGUAAGCGAAGAAUCAAGUCCCGCCCCCCGAAUCCACGACCAACAAACAUCACGCAUCUCACCGUCCAAGAACCCGCUAUUCCUUCUCUCGAAUGAUAUACUGCCUUCGUCCGGUGGUCAUGGUCACGGUCCUGCGAAUCUGAAUUUGGAUUUGGAUUUGAAUUUACCGGUUCGGCAUGGAGGUGGUGGUGCUGGGGAUGGGUCUGAUCCGAUUGUUUUUACGUCUUCUGCGCCUGAACCUGAACCUGGAGCUGGAGGUCGAGAUGGGAUUACGGUGAGAGGGAGUGUGUUUCCAGGGGGGGUGGAGGAACGGCGGAUGGAGACGAUUACGAUUGAUGAUGACGAUGAUGACGAUGGUGGCGGUGGUGCAGACACGGGUGAUGCGCGAAGGAGAGACGAGAUCGAAGGGUUUAGCGAUGAGAUUGGAAUGUCGAAUUUGAAUGAAUUACUUGGGAUUGAAGACGGGGGUUUGAAUACGCGGACUGGGCUUUCGAAUCGGACGGCGAGUUUGCUGGCUAGUCUUGAUCGGCCGGGGAAGGCUCGGCGGGGACGGGGUGUUGAGGUCGAGGAAUUAGAGGUGGGUACUCUUCCUGUGGGCCGGGGUAAGGCGCCGCGGAGGACGGGGUCGAAGGUAUCUGGGGCGGACAAGGAGGCGAAGGCGCGGUCGCGGGAGGCGAGUAAGGCGCAGCGAGAGAGGGAGAAGCAGGCGGAGAAAGAGCGGAAGCAGAAGGCGAAGGAGGAGAAGGCUCGGGCGAAGCAGCUUGCGGCUGAUUUGGCAGAGGUGAAUAAGCUCAAGGUAGAUAAGAAGGAGUCAACGCCAGAGAUGAUUAUUGAGCUUGCGGCUGGGUUUGAGGGGACAAGUGUCGGAAAUCAGACGGUGGAGUAUAUGAAGCGGCUUAAGGUUGAGCAGAGGUUUUUCGAGAGCGCGAUUGCCAAUGUGGUGAGAUGGCGGCGGAAGGUCUCGGCCAGGUAUAAUGAGUCCCUUGGCUACUGGGAGCCGUGCUCGUUUCAUAUCCGUGACGAAGAGCAUGUGCUUGUUCUGUUGCCGGCGCAGGAAUUCGUCGACAUGGUGAUAGCGCCGCCGUCCGCUGAAUCAAAUACGAACAACCUCGAUGCCCACGUCCAGCGCCUCAAAUCCGCCUACCCGGGCUGCACGCCCAUCUACCUAAUUGAGGGUCUCACGGCCUGGAUGCGCAAGAACAGCAACUCCCGUAACAGAGCCUACCAGGCCGAAGUCCGCCGUCAGAACGAGUCCCAAAUGCAAGAACAGUCCCAACCCACCACAUCCCGGCGCAAGAAAACAACCAACAAACCCGAAACCAUACCCGUCAAUGACGACACUAUCGAAGACGCCCUCCUCACCCUACAAGUCACGCACUCGUGCCUCAUCCACCACACCAAUUCCACGCCCGACUCAUCAGAGUGGAUCAAAAACUUCACAGAGCACAUCUCCACCGUGCCCUACCGCCGAGAACGAAUGGAAGGCAACGACUCCGCCUUCUGCAUGGACGGAGGCCAAGUCAAACCUGGUGAAAACAAAUCCGACACCUUCAUCAAAAUGCUCCAGGAAGUCACCCGCGUCACAGCAUCCAUGGCAUACGGCAUCGCAACCAGAUAUCCAAGCGCAGUCGACUUAGUCCGCGGAAUGAGAACACAUGGUCCGGCCAUGUUAGAGGAUGUAAAGAAAUCCGCCAAUAGAAACGGCGCGCUAACGGAUUCUCGCAUCGGCCCUGCGGCAAGUAAACGGCUUUACAAGGUCUUUAUGGGUCUUGAUCCAUCUGCGACUGAUAUUUGA